ACGUAAUUUCCACCAGGCACCGGAAGUGUGAGUUGGCUGGUCGGGAGAAAUCGCCAUGUCUGCCAUAUUCAAUUUCCAGAGUCUGUUGACGGUUAUUUUACUGCUCAUCUGCACCUGUGCGUAUAUUCGAGCACUUGCUCCCAGUCUACUGGAUAAGAACAAAACAGGAUUCCUUGGAGUAUUCUGGAAAUGUGCAAGAAUAGGAGAGCGUAAAAGCCCAUAUGUGGCAUGUUGCUGUAUCGUCAUGGCCUUCACGGUUUUAUUUUCAGAAUAGCGUCAGAAAGAUCUGAGGAUUUGGAAGACCUGAGAGAUGAAUAACAGCUACAAGAUUCUACAACAGGAAACAAGAUGUGAUUUGUCAACAUUCCGACUCUCUUGGGCAGAACUGGGGUUCUUUUGAAGCACAGUAUUAAUGCAUGUGGAGUGCUCUUGAAGCAUUUCUCAGCCUCCUGGACCUAUUUUUGUAAAUACAAAUUGUUGUCGGUCUCCUUGGUAGUGUUUCUGUAGUCACUGACUCCGCACUCCAUUUUGAUGUAACAAAAUGUUUAUGGGCGUCAGAUAAUAUGAAACAUUUGGUACAAAUGUGUUGCACAUACAUGUGCCUGAUAUCGUGCUUGUAAAAUCAUUCAUUUGAAUCUGUUUGCUCUGUUUUAAAUGAAAAUGUAGAUAAGUUUGCAUUAAAAGAGGAAUUUAUUACAGAAACCUUUUCCAUGCUAAUUAAAUAGGUUUUUUUUUUGUUUUGUUUUUUUGUGACAUUUCUUUAAGAUUGAUAUUAGAGAUGUAUAGAUAUAGAAAUUUUAGCUGAUACCAACA